AUGGACACCCAUUUCAUGUUAUUUUCCCCACCGCCUCCGACCAAGAUUCCUCAACUCAUCCGCUCAGCCACACCUUCAUUCCCUCUUCCCAAAAACCAUUACAGAACAUCAUCUUCAACUUCAAGAAAGAUUCUCAGCAGCAACAGGAUCAACAGCACCAGCAAGUUUGGAAAUUUCCUGAACUUAAAGCCUGAGUACCAACCCGAGGCCUCAGAUUUCGACCUUCCAUGGUGUCACCCAUCUGAUCGUGCUCGUUUCGAAGUGAUCAUCAUCGGUGCUGGGCCUGCAGGCAUUCGCUUGGCAGAGCAAGUUUCCUGCUAUGGAAUUAAGGUUUGUUGUGUUGAUCCUGAUCCUCUCUCUUUGUGGCCUAACAACUAUGGUGUGUGGGUAGAUGAGUUUGAGAAUCUUGGGCUUGAGGAUUGCUUGGAUAAAACAUGGCCUAUGGCUUGCGUGUAUAUUGAUGAUAGCAAGACCAAGUAUUUGGACCGUUGUUAUGGCAGGGUUAGUAGGAAGAAGCUGAAAAGGAAAUUGAUUGAAGGGUGUGUCUCCAAUGGGGUUAGAUUUUACAAGGCAAAGGCAAUGCAAAUUGAGCACAAGGAGUUCGAGUCUUCAGUUCUGUGUGAUGAUGGGACAGAACUGAAGGGGAGUUUGAUUGUUGAUGCAAGUGGAUUUGGUAGUAAUUUUAUAGAGUAUGACAAGGUGAGAAACUACGGUUGUCAGAUUGCUCAUGGUAUUUUGGCUCAAGUGGAUGAUCACCCUUUUGAUUUGGAUAAGAUGGUUUUGAUGGAUUGGAGGGAUUCCCAUUUGGGAAAUGAGCCCUACUUGAGAGCUAGCAAUUCCAGGUUUCCUACUUUCUUGUAUGCAAUGCCAUUUAAUUCCAACCUGAUAUUUCUUGAAGAAACUUCCCUUGUUAGCCGUCCAGUGUUGUCUUACAUGGAGGUGAAGAGGAGGAUGGUUGCAAGGUUAAGGCAUUUGGGCAUUAGAGUGAACAGGAUCUUGGAAGAUGAGAAGUGUUUGAUUCCAAUGGGAGGACCUCUGCCCCGGAUCCCCCAAAAUUUAAUGGCCAUUGGUGGGACUUCUGGGGUAGUCCACCCUUCCACUGGGUACAUGGUGGCUCGAACUAUGACUUUGGCUCCUAUUGUAGCUGCUGCCAUUGCUGAGUGCCUUGGCUCCACCAGAAUGAUCAGGGGGAAACAGCUUUAUGCUAGAGUUUGGAAUAGCAUGUGGCCAAUAGAGAGCAGACUCAACAGGGAAUUUUACUCUUUUGGAAUGGAGACUCUUUUGAAGCUUGAUUUGGAUGGAACCAAGCGUUUCUUUGAUGCAUUUUUUGACUUAAAACCUUAUUACUGGCAAGGAUUCCUCUCUUCAAGGUUGACUUUUAAGGAGCUUGCUUGGUUAAGCAUGUCACUCUUUGGACAUGCCUCAAAUCCAUCCAGGUUUGAUAUUGUCACAAAGUGUCCUGUACCAUUGGCUAAAAUGAUGGGCAAUAUCGCUUUGGAAUCCAUUGGAUGAUGGAAGGUUGUG